CAAACUUCAGUCUUGCGGGUACGCUCGCAUGUCGGCUGUGAGUCAAAGGCGAGUAUACAUCCCAUCAGCUGCGCACCUGCGUUGCUCAACCACUCAUCUAAAACAUGAACACACCAACUUCCAACUCAAGCACCUUCCGUGAAAUAGGCCGAGGCUGCUGCGGCAGCAUCUGGACACUCGCAGACGCCAACUGGGUGAUCAAACGCGAACUCAUGCAUACGAACCGCUCCGUCUUCAACGACCAAAUUAUGCACCGACGAGUCAUCGCAGCAGACACCACACACACGUUGCCUGUGCGAAUACCGCAGUCUUAUGAGGUCCUGGAGGCUGAUGAUGCAUGGUGGGAUAGUAAUCUCUCUCGCUUUCCUCCGGGCGAAGAGGUGAGCAGAAGCUAUAGGCAGGAGAGAGUACCUGCUGUAGGAUUACCCAAUCGCGAGAUGCUUGUUGACAAGUACUGCCGUGAGUCGUUGAGGGAUGCCACAAGGAAGAGUAAGAGGGGUGAAGAUUGCCUUAUCAGGCUGUACACAGGGAAGCGGAGACCAAAAGGACGCCCGCCAGGAAUGUUCUUCAAUCUGCGCAACUACGGUCUUUGCGUUGACCAAAUGGAAGAGCUAGGUCUGGAUCCUGUGUCUAUCGCGAAGGCUCCCGCUGAGGCGCUCGCGCACUGCUAUUGGAAAGCCGAAGUCGAUGCGAACGAUGUUGAGUUUGUGCUUGCGCCAGCUACCGCUACUGUUACAGUCGACUCGUCAAUUCCCAUCUUCAGACUGCUGGACCAAGGCCUCGUCAUAUGGAUGUUGGACUACGACUGUGUACGUCACAUGACUCAAGACGCUGACGGAAUUGCCCAAGCAGUCCACGCAUUCUGGCGCAACGACCCGUACUUUCCGCGACCCUUCGCGUACGGCCAUACGAGUGUUGAAACUGAACUGUGGCAAGCGUUUAAGGCGCAUUUCCUGGGCGUGAGCAGGCGAAUGUUGAUAGAUAAAGAGAGAAGUGUAGGUGAGAAGAUAUUGUACCUCCCGCAGGAAUGGGUGAUGCAAGUCGAAGCUGAAGGAAGUCGGCGUGCAGCAAGGCAAGAAGAGCGACGUGAGUGAAUGGAAGGGGCGACAUUGUGCUCCGUGAUUCUGCAAAGCCAAAAUAAGAGGUGGAAAAAAAUGAGCAACGACCUGAGUCUCGAACUCGGCUGUUUGAUUGCGGAGGGCCCAAUGAAGGGAAGAAACGGGAGGGGGCCCGAUGAAGGGGAGACGGCGGGGGACCAAAUUGCUCUUCGGCCGCAGUCGCGUUUGAUGAUUAAUUCGAUAAUCGGGUAUCA